AUGGCUGUAGACGAGAAGAAACCAGCAUUCGAGAAGGUCAUUGUGGUUGGAGCAGGACCGUCAGGGCUUCUAUUGUCACUGCUGCUCAUCCGAGCCGGUAUAAAGGUUCAUCUCCUGGAUGCUGCUCCCACACUAGACGAUCAGCCCCGGGCAGCUCAUUACGGUCCUCCAGCGAUUCCAGAUCUUCGUCGAGCUGGUAUCCUGGAUAAGAUCAAAUCUCAAGGCUUGACACUCAACACAAUGUGCUGGCGAAAGCUUGAUCAGACAUAUAUUGCCGGGAUGGACUUCAGUGAGACUUUGUCAAAUGAUCCUGAGUAUGGUGAUGUCAGAACAGUCAGUCUGGCUUUGCAGACGCUGGACGCUCUAAUGUUGGAGGACUUUAAGAAGGAGGGUGGCCAAGUCAGCUGGGAGCAUCGUGUGUUGGACGUCCAGCAAGAUGAACGUUCAGCCAAAGUAAAGGUCCAAACGCCGACUGAGAAAGAAAAAAUACUCGAAGCAGAUUAUGUCGUAGGAUGCGAUGGUGCGAACAGCAUUGUCAGAAAGUGCCUAUUCGGCGAGAGUUUCGAAGAGAACUUCCCUGGUUUUACCUGGAAUCAGAAGCAGAUUGUUGCAACGAACACAUACUACGACUUCCGCAAGUUCGGAUAUCUUGAUGCGAACUUCAUUAUAGAUCGCGACCAUCUGUAUAUGGCGGCUAUCAUAGACGAUAAAGGGUUGUGGCGCGUGACAUAUGGCGAAGAGCCUGGUUUGACACGCGAACAACUGCUCGAACGUCAGCCCAAGAAGUUUGAGACAAUCUUACCUGGCAAUCCAAAGCCUGGCGAUUACGAGAUGGUGAAUUUCUCGCCCUAUCGCAUGCAUCAGAGAGUCGCCGAAAAGUUCCGUGUUGGUAGGGUUAUGUUGGCAGCAGAUGCGGCACAUGUCUGCAAUCCCUUCGGCGGUCUUGGGAUUACUGGCGGCUUCGUGGACGUUGGUUGUUUGUAUGAUUGUUUGUACGGCAUCUGGACGCAUCAAGCCGACGACUCGAUCCUCGAUUUGUACUCGGAAGUGCGACGACAAAAGUACAAGGACAUCAUCGACCCAAUCUCGACAGAGAACUUCAAGCGUGUCUUUGAUCAAGAUCCCGAAGUUGCAGGCGAGAAAGACCACUUCUUGGUUUUGUGUAAGAAGGCAGCCGAAGAUAAAGAAUUUGCUCGGCAAAUGCACCUGGCAUCCUUUGGCAUUCGUCAUGACUUCACACAAUACUACCGAAAGGACGACAGUAAGCACGCUGUGAUUGAUGGUGCGAAAUCGGACUUCAGCGUUGAACAUAUUGAGGAAGUUGCGCCAACAGGGGCGGACUGA